UUUUCCUUUUCAUUUUGUGCACAUGAAGAUUUGUCUUUUAUACAAGAACAUGCAGUAGAAUCCUUCCAAAAUUCACAUACGCACAAGUUCAUUUCGGAAGUCAAAUUGCUCAUGCUAUAAAUGCAUGAUAAGAUCACAACCAACAGGAUAUAGCAGAAAAGGCUGUGUCUUUGACCCUUUUGUGCAUCAUCACACCAGAGCUGAGGCCAAAAAAACUGGUUUCUUGAAAAAGAAACUACCAGCAUUGCUUUAUUUCUAAAAGCACCCAGCCUGGACGUCAUUCCAAGCUUGUGCACCUCAAAACUUAAGUAAACAACAAACCAAGUAGCUUGUGUAUAAAAUUAGUGAUGUGUGCUUGCAGUCAUUGAGCGGUUGGCUGUCCUUAUUUCUACCAGGAGAGAGAAAGUGAGAGAGAAAGAGAGAGAUGGCAGCUUAUGUUGAGGAUGGAGUUCCUGAAGAAAAGUUGCCUGGGAAGCUUCAGUCAGAUCUUGAUGUAAUUGGUGAUGAAGUGAAUGACAACCCAAUUGAGCAAGUUAGGCUAACUGUUUCAACCACCGAUGACCCUUCACAGCCAACCUUGACAUUUCGUACAUGGGUUCUUGGGAUAAUUUCAUGCUCCGUUCUUGCUUUUAUGAACCAAUUUUUCGGGUACCGCCAGAAUCAGCUGUAUGUUUCUUCGGUCUCGGCGCAAAUUCUUGUCCUCCCUCUUGGAAAGUUGAUGGCUGCUACCCUUCCAGAGAAGCCAAUCCGAUUCCCAUUCACAAAGUGGUCGUUUUCAUUGAAUCCGGGGCCUUUCAACUUGAAAGAACAUGUGCUGAUCACCAUUUUCGCCAACUCGGGAUCAAACAGCGUUUACGCUGUUAACAUUAUCACAAUUGUUUUGGCUUUCUACCACAGGAAAAUGCAUCCUGCAGCAGCCUUCUUGUUAGCUCAAACCACUCAGAUGCUUGGGUAUGGAUGGGCUGGCAUUUUCAGAAAAUAUCUUGUUGACUCUCCUUACAUGUGGUGGCCUUCAAAUCUGGUUCAGGUCUCUCUUUUCAGGGCAUUGCACGAAAAGGAAAAGAGACCGAAGGGAGGCCGCACUAGGCUGCAGUUCUUCUUCAUGGUUUUCAUAUGCAGCUUUUCUUACUACAUUGUUCCAAGUUUUCUUUUCCCCUCCAUUUCUGCUUUCUCCUUUGUUUGCUGGAUAUGGAAGGACUCCAUCACUGCCCAACAGAUUGGUUCCGGCAUGCAUGGCCUUGGCAUAGGCUCCUUCGGCUUUGAUUGGGCCACUGUUGCUGGCUUCUUAGGCAGUCCAUUAGCCACACCCGGAUUUGCUACCAUUAACAUCUUAAUUGGUUUUGUCUUGAUUGUUUACGUUGUCACCCCCAUUGCUUAUUGGAACAACGCCUAUGAAGCUAAGAAGUUUCCAAUCUUUUCGUCACACACUUUUGACUCCACUGGCCAGAUCUAUAACAUUUCCACGGUUCUGGAUCAGCAAAAUUUCGACAUUAAUAUGGUUAGGUACAACGGUUACAGCAAGCUCUAUCUCAGUACCUUCUUUGCCUUCACUUAUGGGUUGAGCUUUGCCACUUUGACAGCUACUAUUUCCCAUGUUGCUCUCUUCCAUGGAAGAACAAUCUGGCAGAUGUGGAAAAAGACAACUAGUGCAGUGAGAGAUCAGGUUGGAGAUAUCCACACCAGGCUGAUGAAGAAGAACUAUGAAGCAGUGCCCCAAUGGUGGUUUCACAUCAUCCUUGUUUUAAUGGUUGCUCUUGCUAUCUUUUGCUGUGAAGGUUUUGGCAAACAGCUCCAACUUCCAUGGUGGGGAGUUUUAAUGGCUUGUGGAAUUGCACUAUUUUUCACCUUACCCAUCGGCAUCAUUCAAGCCACCACAAACCAGCAACCGGGGCUUAACGUGAUCACAGAGUUAAUUAUCGGAUACAUUUACCCAGGAAAGCCUCUUGCUAAUGUGGCUUUCAAGACCUAUGGAUAUAUCAGCAUGUCACAAGGACUUAUGUUUCUUCAGGACUUCAAAUUAGGACACUACAUGAAGAUCCCUCCUAAGUCCAUGUUUGUUGUGCAGUUAGUUGGAACAAUAGUUGCUUCAAGUGUCUACUUUGGCACAUCUUGGUGGCUUCUCACAACCAUUGAGCACAUCUGUGAUCCAUCAAAGCUGCCAGUGGGAAGUCCAUGGACAUGUCCUGGUGAUGAUGUGUUCUACAAUGCAUCAAUCAUUUGGGGUGUCAUUGGGCCCCUCAGAAUGUUCACUGACAAAGGAGUCUACCCAGAGCUCAACUGGUUCUUCCUCAUUGGCUUAUUGGCACCUGUCCCUGUUUGGCUGCUCUCUAAACAAUUUCCCAACCAAAGGUGGAUCAAGCUCAUAAACAUGCCCAUUAUACUUGGAGCCACAGGUUACAUGCCUCCUGCUAGGGCUGUGAACUAUUUGACAUGGCUUACAGUUGGGAUUUUCUUCAACUUUUAUGUGUUUAGAAAGUACAAGGGCUGGUGGGCUAGGCACAACUAUAUCCUCUCUGCUGCUUUGGAUGCUGGUGUGGCCUUCACAGCAGUUCUGCUAUAUUUCAUCCUCCAAUCCAAGGAUAUCAUGGGUCCAAACUGGUGGGGCCUACAAGCUGAUGACCAUUGCCCGCUCGCCACGUGUCCCACGGCACCGGGUAUAGUUGCCAAAGGCUGUCCAGUUCUCUGAGAUUAAUGUAAUUCACAUGUGCCUGUGCAAAUCAUAUAUAGUUAGCCCAGUUCUGGCUGAUUGGUGGUAAUGGAUAUGAAGCUGUACAGUUGAUUAAUUAGUUUGUAUUACCUUGAAGCUGCAGACUCAGAUUUUAGUCAAAAUGUAAUAAUUUAUUUAGUA